GAUUGGCUCAACCUCCUGCUACUGGGGUACUCUGCUCCUUCAGCGUGUGUUAUCAGUGAAAAUGGCGAGCUGGUGUGUACGAGCUGUAAAACAGAGUUACUCUAUUGUAGCAUCUUCUUCAAUAAUAAGGGCAUCCCCACGCCUCCUAUGCACAGCAGCCCAGCAGAAAAGCGGCCAGGGGUCGGAGGAGGACCAGCAUGCUGAGCAGAGCGCAGCAGAGAAGGGCCUUGCUGAGGAGAAGGGCCAGCUGGAGGAGCAGCUCAAAGAGGUCACGGACAAGUACAAGCGGGCCCUGGCAGACACGGAGAACCUGAGGACGAGGAGUCAAAAGAUGGUGGAAGACUCAAAGUUGUAUGGAAUCCAAAGGUUGUGCAAAGACCUGCUGGAGGUGGCGGACAUCUUGGAGAAGGCGACGGAGAGCGUGCCCAGUGAGGAGGUGUCCUCUCAGAAGAACCCCCACCUGAAGAACCUGUACGACGGCUUGGUGAUGACAGAUAAACAGAUGCAGAAGGUGUUCGCCAAGCACGGCCUGGUCAAGCUUAACCCAGACGGAGGGCAGAAGUUCGACCCCUAUGAGCACGAGGCUCUAUUUCACGCCCCUGUGGAGGGUAAAGAGCCCGGCACGGUCGCCGUAGUAACCAAGGUGGGCUACAAACUCCACGGGCGCACCCUCCGGCCGGCAUUGGUCGGCGUGGCCAAAUCCCCUUGAUAAAAAAAUAAAAAAAAGUUCAGUAUGACCGUGAUGUCAUUGUUCUUGCCUGGGUGACAGAUCACCUUGGCUACUGCAGGCUGGUCAAAGCGCCCCACCCAACCACCUAACGUUGCCUCAAAGAGGCGGGAACCCAACUUGGAACUAAUAUUAUUACCAUGGAUGACAUCACAGCCUGUUUUGACUUUGCAUACCGAUUCUCCACCCUUCUCCCGAAGUGUGCACUUGCUCACUCCCUGUCAUGAAUUAAAAAGCAUUGGAUUGGCUGGAGGGAGUUUACGGCAUUGUUAAAUCCAUGACAGGAAGUGUGCAAGUGCAUACUUUGCGGGGAAGGAUGUCGAAUUGGGACACAGCCCAUGUAUCUGCCAGGCGCAAUUAUGUUUGAGCAGAAGCAACACUUGUGAUGGCACGUACAGCACAGAACCAGUUUGACAAGUCAUUUCUGUCCUAUUUCAGUCAUCAGGAUCAGAUUCCUGUCCAGUCAUUGUAAUUGUUAUGGAUGGGAGAAUGUAAUGUACCUCAUUAUUAUAUACCAAACUGCUGUCAUUGUUUUCAUUGGACAAACAUAGUACUUUCAAUUAAUUUAAUUGGAAUAUAUAUUUUUUUUCCCCCUGUAAGUAAUGCCAGGUGCGCUAGAUUAAGGUUGGAGUGAAAACCUACAGGUCGGUAGCUCUCCAGGAACAGGGUUGGAGUGAAAACCUACAGGUCGGUAGCUCUCCAGGAACAGGGUUGGAGUGAAAACCUACAGAAUGGUAGCUCUCCAGGAACAGGGUUGGAGUGAGAACCUACAGAAUGGUAGCUCUCCAGGAACAGGGUUGGAGUGAAAACCUACAGAAUGGUAGCUCUCCAGGAACAGGGUUGGAGUGAAAACCUACAGAAUGGUAGCUCUCCAGGAACAGGGUUGGAGUGAAAACCUACAGAAUGGUAGCUCUCCAGGAACAGGGUUGGAGUGAAAACCUACAGAAUGGUAGCUCUCCAGGAACAGGGUUGGAGUGAAAACCUACAGAAUGGUAGCUCUCCAGGAACAGGGUUGGAGUGAAAACCUACAGAAUGGUAGCUCUCCAGGAACAGGGUUGGAGUGAAAACCUACAGAAUGGUAGCUCUCCAGGAACAGGGUUGGAGUGAAAACCUACAGAAUGGUAGCUCUCCAGGAACAGGGUUGGAGUGAAAACCUACAGAAUGGUAGCUCUCCAGGAACAGGGUUGGAGUGAAAACCUACAGAAUGGUAGCUCUCCAGGAACAGGGUUGGAGUGAAAACCUACAGAAUGGUAGCUCUCCAGGAACAGGGUUGGAGUGAAAACCUACAGAAUGGUAGCUCUCCAGGAACAGGGUUGGAGUGAAAACCUACAGGAUGGUAGCUCUCCAGGAACAGGGUUGGAGUGAAAACCUACAGGAUGGUAGCUCUCCAGGAACAGGGUUGGAGAGCCCUGAUGUAGUCUGUUUCAUUUUCAGAAAUAGUCUGGACAGUUUUAAGUGAAUGGAGGUGAAAUAUGCAAUAUUACACAAUACAUUAAUGUUGUAUGUAUGUAUGUAAAAAAUACCUCCGAGGCAACCACAGACGUAGUGUUCAGCUGCUGCACUACAGUAGGAGCCGGCCAGAGAGUAUGGUUGUCAAAAUGAAAAUACGCUCUAGCGAAAUCUAGAUUCACCGGAGAUACGCAAUCAUGCUGUUGAGGCUCUUAAUGUAAUCAUUCCAGACUUCAUGACAGCAGAACACUAUCUCGCCGCUAUGGCAGGUGUGGGACAGUAUAAUGACGUUAAUUAGUCUUAACUACUUAGACUGAAUAGUCUGUGUGCCUGUAGCAGCUUCGGAGUCCCCAACAACAGGGGAAGGGGAAAGCGAGCCUGUGACAUGUUAACAACAGAGACGGUACAGUAUGUUUAGAAACACUGUGUUAACCAAGAGACACUAUAACUCCUCCUCCACAUUUACUGGAUUGGUUGAACAGUGCAGAAGAGAACCAUUCCAUCUUAACUCCUCCUCCACAUUUACUGGAUUGGUUGAACAGUGCAGAAGAGAAACUCCCCCCAACAGUUUGUUUUUCUUCUUGUCUAGAUCCUCUACAUACUGGUCUUGUUUCAUGCGUUUCUUUUACGAAUGCCAUGUUAGAUUUAGUGUGCCUGUGGACGGUUGUCCUGUUCAGUGCCACAGCAGCGUCUAAUAAACAGAUUCACUUGGA